AUGGAUGGUCCUAAUGAAACUCCUGGUGGAAGCGGAAAGGAUGAUCAAACUAACCUUGACGAUCCUCUCUACGUCCAUCCUUCUGAUAAUGUUGAUACAACUAUUGUUACAACGAAAUUAUCCGGUAAUGAAAACUUUACGCUGUGGAGGAGUUCUAUGUCUAGAUCUCUUAGGGCUAGAAAUAAACUAGGAUUUGUUGAUGGAACUUUAAAAAAGAAUGAUGUUGAUGAAAUUAAAAAUUCUAAAUGGGAUAGGACUAAUGUUGUUGUUUGUUCUUGGCUUCUAUCUUCUAUUUAUGGUUCCAUUUAUCAUAGUCAUGCUUAUUGGAAUGUAGCUAAGGAUAUCUGGAAAAAUAUUUUUGAAACUUAUAACAAAUCUAAAGGAUCUGUUGUUUUCGAUAUUCACCAACAGAUUAAUUCUUUUAAACAAAGUGGAAUUUCAUUGUCAUAUUACUUUAAUAAGCUUGAUUCUCUAUUGAAGGAAUUUGAUGGUCUUACUAGUUUAAAUGAAUGUACGUGUGAGGAUUCUAUUAAACUCAAAGAUUACUCUAAUAUCAUGAAAAUUAUGCAGUUUCUUAGUGGUCUUGUUGAUUCUUAUAAUCAAGUCAAGAACCAUAUUUUACUCAUGGAACCAUUACCUAAUGUCAAAACUACUUUUUCAAUGUUGUCUAAGGAGGAGUCUCUUCAAAGAAACAAUUAUUUGUCUUCGCUUCAGUCUUCUCAACCUUCAUGUAAAUCUCAAUCUACUGCCUUCAGUAGUAGGUUUAAAAAUAGAUUUAACUCAAAUAAUUCUAAUAAGAAUAAAAAUCAAAUUGUUCAGUGCAAGAAUUUUGGUAUUAAAGGUCAUUUAAUAGAAAAAUGUCACAAGUUACUAGGCUAUCCAAAGGAUUUCAAGCCAAGAGGUGAAUCUAAUAAUCAUAAUAACUUAAACAAAAAUAUUUUGUUAAUUCUGCUACCACUUCUUCUGGGAGUUCUAAGACUUCCAUUUUUAUCCGAGUCUAUCAGAGAUUCUGAGUUUCAUCAGCUUACUAAGGAUCAAUACAUCAAGUUUUUACAAUUUAUCAAUGAUAAGCAAAAUAACGAGGAAGCAUCUGCUAGUGCUAAUAUGGAAGGAGCCAAUCAACAUAUGAUUGCUUCUAAAUCCCUUCUUCAUUACACUGUGGAUGAAUCUAAAUUGGAUCUUCUUAUACUAAACAGAAAAGUAAAUCAAGCAAUGAAUGCAAAGAUCAAAGUUGUGUCGAAUGAUUAA